UUCCGAGUCCCUUCGUUACGCGGUUGGCGACUUUUUCUCUUCCCUGUUGGAACUGGAUCAAUUCCAAGGCUAGAUUGUCUCCCGCGCACGGUCAAUCCUCUCCUUUUGUGGUGCUGGAUCUCUACUCCUCGAGUUCUUUCCCCGUUGCGCAUCGAGAUCUCCCUCUUGGGCUAUUGGCGCAUCCGCUUCGGAGAUCAAGGGACAAUCGAUCACGAAUUCUACCACUUGGUUCCUUGGACCCUCUGAUCGUCUUCUUUUCGCCCGAUUUUAUUUAACGUUAUAAUCCAAUUUCAGGCGCCACGGUCGCGUCCUGUUAUUUUUGACAAAGCUGGCUUGCAGCCCCUUGGAGAUAAAACGGGCUUUAGUUCGCGCGUGAAGGACAAAACUACACCCCCGGCGCGACUCCAAGACCCCGAGACCAUGAGCGCAGACGAAGGCGGAGGAACUUCGAUGGCGGCCACGAACGGCGAACGCUCAACUGCCACUCCUGACCCUUCUACCCUGGCAACACCUGGCAAACGAAAGCGUGUCUCAAGUCACGAUGACAGGGCGGCUCACGAGGCCAGCACAGCUGCAGACGAAAGGAUAAAACUGCAAGAAACUCUGCGUAACCUGGUCGAUAUCUUGAGCAAGAACGACACGGAGCUUCACCUCCUAUCCUGCCCUCUUCCAUCAUCGCCCGUGAAACCCCGGUCGAAACGCGCAAAGAUUGCUGGAGACAGGGAUGAGGCUGCGAGUAUUCAAACGCGCGUCGCGUCGGAUCGCUACAACACGCUUUCUGAAUUCCUGAGCGACAUCGAAAAGGCGUCUACGGCUGUGAUCGAGAGGAACAAGGCUCAGGCUAGCGGUACUCCGACGGACGGGACGCCCGUAACGGAGACUGUCAACCGUAUAGCUGCCUUCAAGAAGCUACUCAACAGUCUUGUCCGCCAGGCGCAAGUCAGUCAGCCCAACGUCAAAGCGGAAACACCAGGAAAUGACGCAGAGGUAUCGGCGAAGCAGCCUCCGUCGACUGUCGAGGUUCGAAACAAUGGCUUGGUGUUGACCUUGUUGGGCAACCCUGCGAAUCCGAAACAGCUCUACUCGAGUUUACAAAAGUCUGUCAAGGUUCCAUUAUCUUCGGAGGAAUCAGAAUCCAAGCGAUAUGUGGAGGUACAGACCCCGCUUCCAGAGGCUGGCUUGCCGAAUGGUAUUACAACCACAAAAGUUGCUCCCUACGACGCUGAGAAGAAGCCAAAGAUAGCGAAGACAUUUGGAGAGGUAUUUGCUCCUAAAGCGACUCUGCCUCAGUUGGAACCGCCAAGGAGAGCCCGGUCGACUUCUCGCGCUGCUCAGGUCAGCUGGAUUGACCCUUUUGAUGCUGUGACGAACUAUAAAAACUUUCUCGGAGAUCGGAAUCAUCACUCCUUUGCGCAGCUGCCUUCUGGUAACUGGCUCCAAUAUGGCGGAGUGACAUCCUCUCCCGCUUUCUGGGGUCGCCGUCAGAAACAACAGACACCGCAGCAGCAUGGCGAAGAGAAGUUCCAGGAGGAUCCGUUAUUAUGGGCGGACGAAGACUCGGCGGUUCUGCAAGGUGUUUACUCGUCCUUUGCUCCUUCCUUUGACAGUUCAAAUGCUGUCUUACAAGCUGAUGCGAAGAAUCUGGUAUGGUGGAGCAAGCGAGGAGCUAAGCGCCUGAAUGCCCUGCUAUCAAUAACAAUUGAUGAGCCUCAAGAUACAACUGCGCAGCCUGGAAGCAUUGGGGAUCUUGAUGAAAGCACCCUGGAAGAGAUGGUGAAGUCCUUCGAUCCGGAAGAGUUUGUCGAUCCUGCCAUCCAGCCUGAAGCGGCCAAGGAAGAGGAAGGGGAUAAACCAUCAAAAGACACAGACGACCUGUUGACGGAAGUGUCAGACUUGCUAGAGACCCUGAGUUCCUAUCAGAAGAUUCGCAAUCUUGAGCUUCCGACUCCAGCCAACGCAGGUGCGGAAGCUAAAGAAACACCGUCUAAUGAGGUCUCCUCUGAUGAGCCAUCAGAUCCGGAGAGAGAGGUCUACGAGACGCUCAGGUCCAGCCUAGCGGUCCUUGUUUCGCAAUUGCCCCCAUUUGCCGUCGCCAAGCUGAAUGGCGACCAACUAGCGGAGCUAAACAUAAGUCAGAAGAUCUUGAUAGACAGUACCGACUACUCGGGCACCAUGGAGAAGGACGAUUAUACAAUCCAACAAGAGAGGGCGGCGGCGGUGGCGGCUGCCCCAAGAACGUCAACACCCUCGCGUCCCACGAAUUACCAGGCGCAAUACAAUCAACGUGCCUUCACCACCAACACCCAAAUUCAACCACAAAGGAACUUUCAGGCUCCUCCCCAGCCGUACUAUCCGCCAAGACAACCUUCUACUCCCGGAGCAUAUACACCUGGCAACUCGCAACAGUUCCCGGGAACUGCUCGGCCCCCGGCAACACCUGGUCAGCGGCCCGCUCCUCACCCCGGGUACGCGCAGCCCACCCCGCAGUAUAGCCAGGCCAAUCCAAUCCAAUACCAACGAGGAGGAGGACAAAAUGGCUUCGCGUACUCAUACUCAGGUCAGUCCGGUCCGAUCCCGGCUCAAGGUUCACCACAACAAUACACCCCGCGACCUGGACAACAAACACCUUACAAUGCGACUCCCUUUGGGCCUGGUCGCAGCGCAUCCCCUCAAAAACCAGGCGCAUACACGACCCCCCGGGCACCGUUCAUGCCUCCGAACGCGAACCCUCAGCAACGGUUUAUGCAACAUCCCCAGUCAGGUCAACAGCCGCAACCAUACGCCAACUAUGCUCCCAAUCAAACACUAAACACCUACUCCAACUCCGCCGCCGCCGUUACCUACGCCAGGAGUGCCGCCGAGCAAGCCGCACUGAUGGAUCGAAACAAGGUCCAACUAGCUGCUCAGAGCUCGCCGGGGACACCACAGUCGCAACCCGCAGACCAUGCCAGCUCGCAGGACCGUAGCGUCACCCCUGGAGCAAAACAGAACGGUACACCCGUGCCGGCAUAAUCUGUUUCAAGACUUUAUACUAGUACUGUUUACACGUCUACCCCUUUCUAUUCAAGCUGUCGUUUUGCGGUUUUACAAAUAUGAUUUUCGCAGAUAAAGAGGGAGGGGUGUUUAGGCUAAAGGUUUUCUGUUUCUUCUUUCCAGUGUCUUCUUAUUACUAAACCACUACGGAGGCUGCUUCCGCUCUUCCAAUUUCCCUUUCUUUUCAUUUUUACUAUUGUGUUACUCUUACCUAUUUACCUCGUUUUUGGUCUCACCAACGUAGUAGACUCGGAUCUCAUGUCUACGAUACUUUUAAGUGGUAAGGAAGAGGGAUGAUCUACAGCUUUGUUUCUGUUUCAUCCAUGGCUUGACAUGCAGUUAUCAGACCAUCAGACUAUCUAUUAUUCAUCAUCAGGGUAUCUCACGUAUUGGUAUUGGUAUUACUAUUACUAUUAUCUUCGCAUUUUACUUACCUUUCAUCCUUUAUGUUUGACUAGUACACUUCAUUAGAUCCGGAA